ACUCCUUGUUAUUCACUUUUCAGGAAGGCUAGAAUUAGUGAGAACAAAGUGGGACAGUGGUCAUUUCAUUUUCUUCAGCUCUGGGCCAGAUGUUUGUCCUGGUGUCAGUCAGUAGAGGCAUAGACCUGGUUUUAUGGCCACAGAAUGUAGAAGAUAAUUUGGCAGACUGAAUUUUCUCUGCUGUUUCCAGACCAAUGGCAUUGGCCCUGGAUUGAUCUCUCUGAAGGGAGGAAGAAAAUGCAGUUGUUCACACUUAGCCUGAGAAGUUAACUAAGUGCCUGCAUGUUUCCCCAGCAUUUUUUUCCCAACAGAUUCAUCAGGAUGAGUAUGUGUGGCCCACCAAGCCUCCUGGAGCUGGCUGUACAGAGCCUGCUGAAGGAUGAUGCUUUGGUCAUUGCUGCUCUGGAAGAGCUGCCUGUAGAGCUCUUCCCACCUCUGUUCAUGGCAGCCUAUACUGGGAGACACAAUGAGAGUGUGAAGAGGAUUGUGCAGGCCUGGCCCUUUGCCUACCUCCCUCUGGGGUCCCUGCUGAAGGAAGGGCAACCACACCAGGAGAACUUCCAAGCUGUGCUCAGUGGGCUCGAUGCCCUGCUUGCUGAAGACAUUUGCCCUAGGCAGGGGAAACUGCAAGUACUGGAUCUAUGUCAGAAAACUAUAUGGUCUGGUAGCAGGGAUGGCAUGUGCUCACUGUCCCAGGCCAUCCUGCCAUUGAUGAAGACACAGAUGUCCCAGUGUAGUUCUUGGGAGGAGGAGGAGCAGUUUGUGGAGACGUUCAGCUCUCAGUUGCUCAGUCUACAUCACCUCCAGGAGCUUCAUUUGGAAUCCAUCAGCUCUCUUGAAGGCUCCUUGUGCAGUUUGCUCAGGUGCCUGAGGAGCCCCUUGAAGAUCCUCUCUCUCACCAAUUGUCUGCUUCUAGAAUCAGACUUGAUGAAUUUGUCUAAGUGCCCCAAUACAAGACAGCUAAGGGGACUGUGUCUAAAUAGGGUUAUCCUGAUGGACAUAAGUUCUGAGACCCUGGAAGCACUGCUAGAGAAUGUAUCGAGUACCCUCCAGGUCCUGAGCCUAGAGGAAUGUGGGAUCAUGAACCUCCAACUCACUGCCAUUCUGCCUGCCCUGAGACACUGUUCCCAGCUCACAACCUUUAGCUUUUCUGGGAACCCCAUCUCCAUAAAUGUGCUGUUGCGAGUCGUUCGCCACACCAUUGGACUGACCAACUUAAGGCGUGUGCGGUACCCUGCACCACUGGAAUUUUAUGAGCAUGUUGGAGAUGGGUUGCUUGCUACCCUACAAGCCAAGCUGAUGCAGAUGCUACAAGAGUUGGGGCGGUCAGACAUGGGGUGGCUCAGUGGCAAACCCUGUCCUCAUCGUGAGUGGCCCUUCAGUGACCUGUGGCCCAUGCCCUGGUAGCAUCUACACAGGUAAGUAGCCCUAUCCACAGCUUUGGUCUGGACAUGUGGACACCGAAGCGUACAAAUCACAGAAGCCACAGUUACAAAGGACUGCUCAUGGUAAGCAGGAAAAGGAAAGAUGAUCAGGGAUGCGAGUUAGACAUUGACUUGGGGCAGUUUGGUCAUUGUCAAAAAUAUCCUAAGGCAUUACAAAUGAGAAUUUGAAAUUUUACAUGGGUAGGGUGAUGUAUAAGA